AUUAUUACUGUAUUACAAUAUUCAGACAAACUUUAAUUUAAGUAAGCCAUUGUUCUAAUAAAAUUGGAGAACAGUCGUGUUAACCGGUUUAUAGGUUAAGUCUACUUCGUCCAAAUCAUCGAAACAUGUGUGAUGAUUUAAAGAUAUUGAAGCAAGGAGCCGAAGCGAAGCUGUACAUCUGUAAUUACAUCGGGAAACCUACGCUAAUUAAGGAAAGGUUCGAAAAGAAAUAUCGGCAACCCGAGCUUGAUGUCGCUAUAACCAAGGAGCGCAUAAAAAAUGAAGCUAGAGCUAUAGUUCGCUGUAAAACUGCCGAUGUGAAAACUCCAGCGUUGUAUUUGGUAGAUUUCGAGCGUCGACGCAUAUACAUGCAGCAUUUCACACACAGUAUCACCGUGAAAGACUUCAUUAUCGACAUUUUUACAAAACAGCAACAGAAUGGCUCGGGCGACGGACCAAACAACCUUGACAAGAUCUCCGUAUUGAUCGGGCAAACUGUGCGAAAAUUACAUGAAAAUAACAUCAUUCAUGGAGAUUUAACUACAUCAAAUAUGUUAUUAGUCCAUAAAAACUCAAGUUCUAAUGAUAAUUGGUUAGACAUUGAUAAUGUGGAUUUAGUUAUGAUUGAUUUUGGAUUGUCAUCCUUCGAUACAAGUGCGGAAGAUAAAGGUGUGGAUUUGUAUGUACUGGAGAGGGCUCUGAUCAGCACCCACAAUGAUUACCCGGAGAUAUUUAGCAAAAUCCUGGAAGCGUACAAAAGCUACAGCAAGAAUAAUGUAAAGGAGAUUAUUAGCAAGUUUGAGGAAGUCCGGGCUAGGGGGAGGAAGAGGACUAUGGUGGGGUAGGGUGGGUUCAUAAUAAAAAGUUUUAAAAUAU